CAUUACUUCCGGUUGUGCUACAGUAGCAGUUACAUGCUAAGCAGGGAGAGCAGAGAAGUACUCCUGCUACAUCAUGUAUGUUAUCUUGUUUCUGGAGAUCGGAGCUGAAGUAGUCACUGACAGUUGAUGAGAGUUUAGUUUCUAUUAUGUUGUCAUCUUUAAAACUACAUGGGAAACCUUCAGACUGCACAGCAUCGCGCUUCACAAACAGCAGGAUUCACGUUUCAUCACAGCGACACCAUAACAGGACAGCUUAUCUUCAUAUAGGAAUAUUACAAGGAUCUUUACUGACACAAGAAGAUGCCGUCCAGAAACCAUCUUGACAAAGUUGGCCGGAAGAAAAAGAAGAAGUGGACAGAGGAGGCCAUGGAGCGCGCACUGAUAGAGGUGAAGUCUGGGCGGUGCACAGUGAGGCAGGCUGCCAAGGAGUUUGGGGUCCCCAAGUCCUCGCUUGGAGACCGGGUGAGCGGACGGGUGACGCCGGGGAGUCGCAGCGGGCCGGCUCGGCUCAUAACCUCAGCCGAUGAGAAGCUGCUGGUGGAGUUCUCCUUACACAUGUCCAAGCAUGGAUUCCCACUUACCAAGCAGCAGGUGGUGUCCUUCGCCUCGUCCAUUUAUAAGCGGCAGCACAGGAGGGUGGCGUUAUCCAAACUGGGCCAGACAUGGUGGCUCAAUUUUAGAAAGCGGCAAGAAAAGAACAUUACUAUUCAGCCAGCAGACAAUGUCGUGCGUGGGAGGACAAUCUGCGUCAGGAAGGAAGCAGUGGAUCAGUUCUUUCGUCUGUUGAGCACGGUCGUAGACACACAUGGGCUCAGAGAAUUUCCCCGCCGGAUUUACAACUGCAGCGAAAUGGGCUACCAGCUGGGCAGGAGGAAGGCCGCCGUCUCCAAAACCGCCAGCCUGGGCUACAAGCCAACGCCGAGUUCCAGGGACCACAUCUCUGUCCUCGCUUGCUUUAAUGCUGCAGGGGAGGACAUUCCUCCAUUUAUUAUUUACUCUAGGGCUUAUCCAGGGGGGGUGUGCUACAAGACACAAGGCCCUCCCAAUGCCCUGUACGGGUGGUCCGAAUCCGGUUACAUCAACUCUGAACUCUUUAAGAAAUGGUUCCUCAAGCAUUUUCUGUUUCAAGCGCCAAAGGAGCGUCCUCUGCUGCUGAUUUUCGACGGCCACAAGUGGCCCGUGAGCCUGGAGGUGGUGGAGUCGGCCCGUAAGGAGGGCGUGGUCCUUCUGUGCCUGCCUCCUCAUUGCUCCCACAUCCUGCAGCCGCUGGACACCGGCCUCUUCGCCGUCCUGAAGCAGCGUUUCGCCCUGCUCACAGGAAACGGCGCUGCCGCCGAAGGCCAUUUCGCCAUCACCAAGAAGGAAUUCUCUGGAGUGUUCAACAGAACGUAUCAGCUAGCGACAAGCGAGGAAGGCGUCCGGAUCGUACGGGAAGGUUUUAGAAAAUGUGGCGUUUUCCCACUUAACCACUACGCAGUCAAUGAGGUCCAUUUGAUGCCUUCACACGACGCCGGCCCUGCUGCCGGCGACUCCCUGUUAAAAUCGGCUCCAGCAGCAGAGCUGACAGCAGCUGGACCCUCCUAGCUCGUUACCGAUUCAUCAAACUGCCUGUACCUUCGAGGUGAGUGGAGGUCGGUUCUCCUGAGGAAUCCACGACUGGUCGCUUAAUUCACCCAAACCCAAUCAACUACUACCGGUGCCGCUUAUUAAGAUGCUGAAGGGGUUUACAGUCGUGCUUCCCCACAGGACGCUCCGUUUAUCCGACUGCCAGAAGGAAAGAAUGUGUUGAUAUUUAAUUGGUUGCCAGCAUUGCUUUCAUUGCCAAGGUUUGAGUUUUAUCCCCAAACAGCCCAGGUGAAUCAGUAGAAUAUAGUGCUGGCCACAUUUAUUGGUGCUUCUUCUGAAAAAUAUCCAUUCAUCUUCAACUGCAAGAGAUUUAUUUAAACAAAGAGACUUUUUAUUUUUAUUUAAAAAGAUUUACUUUAGUUUUUUUAAGAGCCGGUCGUAACCAGCUGAACAUUUAUUGGACCCUCUAACAAAUCCUAAAUUAGCUUUUAUUAUUAUGAAAUCGG